ACUUAUAUAAAGCAAGAAAUAACAGAAUAAUGUUAAAUAUGGUGGGGGUAUAUUGGAAAGUUCUAAGCUUCAGUUAAAAAUAUAACUUCAUAGAAUAAUCAGUUGCAGUUUAGUUUGUGCUUUCUUAUGGGAAACAAUGUACACCAUAACAUAUAUUUUAAUUGGAAUUGUCUUUAUUUGUUUAUUUCCUUUGGAAAUACAUAGCGGUAUUUAUGAUGAUAAAAUAACAUUAAAUGAUCAUUUAAAAAAUAUAGGAAAAAAGCAAUCAUCAAAUGAUAUUAAUACUGUAAAUAUAUGUGGACUUGAUAAUUCAUGUAAAAACAAUGAUACUACAAAUUUGAAAAAUAACGUUGAUAAUAAAAAUAAUAAAAAAUUAAUAACACAUUUAGUUCCACCGUUAAUAACAAGUAAAGAUUAUUAUACUUAUUUCAAUAGAAGGAAAAAAGAAUUGAAACAUAAAAAUGAACGAGGAAAUAGAGAUCAGUAUAAUGUCAAAAAUAAUACAUUUGUAAAAGCUAACAUAUCAGAUUCUAGAAUUGAAAGUGAUCAUUUAUCUUACACUCGCGAUCACGCGCCAACGCACGUAACAAAGGUAAAAAGCUUGAAACGAUAUAAUUAUGAUAAUAUAUAAAUAAUACAAUUCAUACAAAAUUCAUAAACUGGAAUUUAUAGGAAACCUCAGGAAAUCAAACUGAGUAUAAUAAAAAUGAUAAAAAAAAGUCUACUACAAAUGCAUCACAAAUUUCGCCUGAUGGAGAUAGAGUAGAAUUUCAAAUACAAGGUCAUGAAGGUCCAAAAACAUAUAUUUUUGGAUUUGAUACUGGAAUCGG